CAAAAACACCACUGUCAACAGCACAUAUUUAAUUAUACAAAAGGAUUGAUAGAAGAUGUCUAACGAUCAACAGAACGAUGAGAUUAGGAAUAUCUUAGGACAGCUUCAACGACAAGCCAGAGACGUGACCAGAGAACUAACACGAUGUCGGGCCGAGCUGGGCCAUAAGGUUCGAGUGGCUCGACAAUCGUCUCUUACUCUGACCGAAUUAAAUAAACUGGCGACGGGCGAUAUUCGUUUUUAUCAACCCGUUGGGAAAAUGUUCAUGCUCAAGUCUCGAACCUCGAUCGAUGAUGGACUCAAAACUAAACAAAAAUCGGCCGAAGACGAUGUCAAUAAAUUGAUCACUAGGAUCAAGAGUUUGGAAGCAGAAGUCGAAGCCAAUCAACGUGCCUUGAAGGAAAUCGUCAGGUCAAUCGAUAUGGAGUCUAGACCUGUUUGAAAAGAAAUGAAAUGUAUAUCGAGUAUUGGGGGAUCCAGUCAGCUUGUUGGAUCCGUCUUGUUUCGAAACCAGACCAAUCACAACAAACAUCCGGCUCAACGAUCACUCACAAUCCACUUCGUACAAAAAAAAAAUCAACCGAUGUAAAUGAUUUGAAAUAUGUUUCACAGUGCUAUCGAGAGGUUGGAUGUUUUGUCAAGCUUAGCACAUGGGUGAAGACUCUAGUACAGAAGUUUUCAGCAACGAUCAUGAUUGUAC